AUGUCGAGCAGCUUGAAAAGCGCGCAGUCUGCACAGCAUACACUCNUCAUCGAGACUCGAGGCACCGGCGAGCCUCAAGGCCCAUCCAACAGCUUCAAGACCAUGGACGCCGCCAUUCUUGCUGAGCUCAUGGGCGGUAGUGAGUACAACACUGUUUAUCCAGCCAGUGUUGAUCAGAACUCUGCUGCCGGUACUGCUGAUGUAAGUUGUUCGCUCGUGUUUCAGAACAAUCGUACUGACAUUCCUAGANUCAUCAACCAGAUCAAUUCUGGUCUCAAGUCCAACCCCAACAGAUGCUUCAUCCUCGAGGGCUACUCCCAAGGUGCUGCCGCUACCGUCGACGCCAUGCCCAAACUUACUGGUGCUGCUUUCAACGCCAUCAAGGGUGUUUUUCUGAUUGGCAACCCUCACCACAAGGCCGGUCUGGCAUGCAAUGUCGACUCCAAAGGUGGCUCUACUACCAAGAAUGUCAAUGGUCUGUCCGUGUUGCUUGGAAGUAUCCCAAGCAACUGGGUGAGCAAGACUUUGGAUGUCUGCGCCUACUCUGAUGCGAACGUGCAGAACCAGGGCAUCAAGUUUGUUCUUAGCAAGCUUCGUGGCACUAGCUGA